UAUAUCCUUUCUUUGAAUAGAUAUAUAUUGAAAAAGCAUCUUUUCAAACAUGAUCAAUUAAGAUAGAAAGCUCUUUCGAAUGAGGGAUAGCUGUCAUCUUCCUUUCGUACCCAUCGAUUUGAGGGCCUUCCUUGCCUGACUAAGUUAGCAGGUUUGUGACAUUGGUACUGAGAUUUGUUAAAGGUUAAGGGAAAUUUGACGUUAUGUGAAGGGAAGGAUCGGUCUAUGGUUUGCAGUAGAUCUUUGUAUAUUAAUCAAAUUAAAGGUGAGAGGAGCUAUUAUAGAGAUUUACCUUGAAUGGAUCUUUUUGCUUCAAAAGAAAGGGAUCUCGAAGCAGAUUUUGAAAGUGGUGAGACAACAAGUGAGGAGGAUAGAACAAAGGAUCCAGUUUCAGCAAAUAGACAAACAAAUAUAAUUUUCAAUUGGAUUUGGACUGGGCAAUUUAGCUCUGAUGGAUCUGUCCAUGGUAAAUGUGGCAACUUGUAUAGCAAUUCAUCAAAAUUUGGUGAGGCUGCGGGUGAAAAUGUGGAGUUGUUGAUUGACAAGAAUUCAGAAGAGGGUAGUGACAAUGCGGGCAAUUUGGAGAAGAAGUGUGUGGAAGGGAAGCGUAAGAAGACCAACGCUAGAAAGCCUCCCAAGCCACCGCGACCUCCUAAAGGUCCAACACUAGAUGCUGCUGACCAGAAGUUGGUGAGGGAGAUUGCUGACCUUGCCAUGAGAAAGCGUGCCAGGAGUGAACGAAUCAAAGCAUUGAAAAGAAUGAAAGCAGCCAAGGCUUCAGCUUCGAAUAGUACUGUAUUUGCCAUGAUCAUCACGCUAAUCUUCUGUCUUAUUAUUGUCUUUCAAGGAUUGUGCUCCGGAAGCAGUAUCAGUUUGAGCAUGAUGGGGUCUCCUGCGCCGGCAGUCACUGCAACUGAAAGCUUGAUUUCUGUUCAGUUUUACAAGAGCUUCUCUGCCUAUGAAAGAGAUGGGCCUGGCUCCAGUUCUCCCAAUUUGGCAGAAGGGAAGGUUUCCAGUUCACCUGCCAAGGAAGAAUUGAGUAAAGUUGCCUGACGAGAGUGAAAAGUAAUUGAAGAUGCGAAUUCUUGGUGCUUCCCUUAUCAUGGUAGUUCAUUCAGAUGAUUUUUUGACCCCUUGUAACUGAUGCUGAAUCGGCAACUAACCACUCUGAUUGCUGUAAAUGUGUAUAGACCACUAAUCUUCUGUAGAUUUCUGUUUAUGUUUACCUUUUGUACAAUUGUCUCUAAUCUGAACAGAAGUUUAGUUUGUACAAAGAAUUAAUCUGUAGUUUUAAAAUGUGGAUGAAUUUAUCAUAUGAUUUGCUU